CAACACUCUCGACUCGCGGAUUUUGGGCUUGAGGUCGAAAUUGUAUUUUGAGACGACAGAAGAAAUAAUUUCCACACAUACAUUAUUUAUCUUUCAGGCUCUCAAUAUGCUCAUUCUACUCGACACCCCAAAUAACAAAACCCUGGCAUUCGAUGUCUGCAGCUUGCAGCCACUCGAGGAUCUUGCCCAGCAGGCAGGUCAGAAGCUCUACGGCUCCCACAUCCUCCAUACCAACACAUACAUUACCGGUCGUCGCGGCAUCAGCGCCAGCGAGGCAUUACUUCGGACCCCGCCCUGGCUGACCCUGUGUCACCGUACACUCGGUGGCAAGGGUGGUUUCGGUAGCAUGCUGCGCUCGCAGGGAAACAAAACAUCCAAUAAGCCGGCCAACUUUGACAACUGCCGCGACCUCUACGGACGCCGCCUAAAAACCCUAAACGAAGCCAAAACCAUUGUCGAAAACAUUGAGGCGCAGGAAAAGGAAAGAGAAAAUGCCAAAGAACGCAGGCGCAAGAAGAUUGCCGACGGAUUGGUCGAAAAGCCAAAGAAAAAGUACAGGUUUGAUGACGUUGAAUAUACGAAAGAAUGCGAGGAGAUUGUCGAGAGCACGAGGGCAAUUACGCGCAAGGCAAUGAAGAAAAUGGCAGCGGAUGUUAAAGCAUCGGCUUCUGAGAAGAAGAAGCAGGCUGAAAUGAUGAUUCCAUUGUUUGGCGAUGGUCUGGAUGAUCUGGAUGGCCUUUCUUCGUCGUCGUCGUCGUCGUCGUCGUCUGAUGAAAGUGACAAAGAUACCAAGAGCAGUGCCGAUGACAAGAAAAGCAAGCGUAAGCGCAAGGCGGUGGAUUAGCGCAGGUCCAAAUCCAGGACCAGGGGUGAAAGGCUAAUGUUAAAGAGCGCAUCAAAAAAGUACUGUGUGAUUUAACGCCCGAUUAAUGCAACUCUUGAGCAUUCGUUCAGUUCUCACGGUCAUUUUUACAUCGUUUCUUCUUUCUUUUCUUUUUAUUAUUAUUAUUAUUAUUUA